CUAACCUCCCUCACUCCUGUUUUAAAGUCCCACUCUCUUCAUUACCCUCCUUUCUAUACGCGGCAGCACUACUAAAACAAGAGGCAAACCAAAGAGUCUGAGUAACUUUGUCAUUUGGCUCCAAAAUGCCGCUCAACUUAGCGUGCAACCCUGCAGUACUCUGCACGUUUUUGUGUCUCACAGUGUCUAUUCUUUCAGUUGUGAAAGCUGAAGAUCCUUACAGGUUCUUUGACUGGAAUGUUACUUAUGGUUUCAUCUACCCUCUUGGUGUUCGUCAACAGGGUAUUCUUAUCAAUGGACAAUUCCCAGGCCCUGAUAUUCACUCUGUUACCAAUGACAACCUCAUUAUCAAUGUCUAUAACAGCUUAGACGAACCUUUCCUCCUCUCCUGGAAUGGAAUUCAACAGAGGAGAAAUUCAUAUGAGGAUGGUGUUUUUGGAACUACAUGCCCAAUUCCUCCAGGAAAGAACUUUACAUACAUCCUCCAAGUCAAGGAUCAAAUAGGAAGUUUCUACUACUUCCCAUCCCUUGGAUUCCACAAGGCUGCCGGUGGAUUUGGAGGAAUUAGAAUCCUCAGUCGACCACGAAUUCCUGUGCCUUUCGAUGAUCCUGCCGGCGAUUACACCAUUCUUAUUGGAGAUUGGUACAUGUCCAAUCACACGAAAUUGAAGGCUCUAUUGGACAGCGGCAGGAGGCUCCCAUUCCCUAGUGGAAUCCUCAUCAAUGGUCGUGGACGCAAUGGCUAUUCACUCACUGUUGAACAAGGAAAAACUUACAGGUUGAGAAUAUCAAAUGUUGGGUUGCAAAAUUCCCUCAACUUCAGGAUUCAAAACCACAAGAUGAAGCUGGUAGAGGUGGAGGGAACACACACUCUCCAAACUACCUUCUCCUCUCUCGAUGUUCAUGUUGGCCAGUCUUAUUCCGUUCUAUUUACAGCUGACCAACCUGGCCAAGACUAUUAUAUUGUGGUUACCUCUCGGUUCACUGCUCCAGUCGUCCUCAACACCACUGGUAUUCUACACUAUAGCAACUCUGCUGGCCCUGUCUCGGGUCCAUUCCCCGGCGGACCAACCACACAAAUUGACUGGUCACUCAACCAGGCCCGCUCUAUCAGGACUAAUCUCACUGCAAGUGGACCAAGGCCAAAUCCACAAGGUUCAUACCACUAUGGAAUGAUCAACACUACCAGAACUAUCAUAGUGGCAAAUUCAGCUGGCCAAGUCAAUGGCAAGCAGAGAUAUGGAGUCAAUAGCGUGUCCUUUGUUGCACCAGACACUCCCAUGAAGCUCGCAGACUACUUCAAAAUUCAGGGAGUUUUCAAGGAGAAUAGUAUAUCUGACAGGCCUUAUGGUGGAGGAUUGUACCUGGACACGUCAGUUCUGACUCUUCCUUAUAGAGCAUUUGUGGAAAUUGUAUUCCAAAACAAUGAGAACAUUGUGCAGAGCUGGCACCUUGAUGGUUACAGUUUCUUUGUUGUUGGCAUGGAUGGAGGACAGUGGACAACAGCUAGCAGGAAUCAGUACAAUCUUCGCGAUGGAGUUUCUCGAUGCACUAUUCAGGUAUAUCCCAAGGCCUGGACUGCUAUAUAUAUUCCGCUCGACAACGUGGGGAUGUGGAACUUGAGGACAGAAUUCUGGGCACGUCAAUACCUCGGUCAACAAUUUUACUUGCGAGUUUAUACAGAUUCAACUUCACUCAGAGACGAAUACCCCAUUCCAAAGAAUGCACUUCUUUGUGGUAGGGCAAGUGGUCGACACACAAGACCUCUGUAAGCUAGCUCUUCACUGAAGGGGCCACCAGUUAGGCCGGUGAGUAUGUCUAUUUUCUGAGGACGAAGAGUAGAUUCUUGCAUCUCAUCUUCGCUGUUGAGUUGCUUUACUUAGGCUACGAGUAUCAAAUGAAAAGCUUGUAUGGUUAUAAUUCCAAUUGAUCUCAGCUCGAGAUCGCAUUCUUUUUCCCCUAAUGAUUGUAUUCUCUUCUAUAUUGGUUAAGUUCUCAUACAUUAUUUAUAUUUUUAUUUAAAGCCAGCUAAUUCUCAAAGCUGGCUAGGGUAAUUAGCGUGUGUUUGUUUCAUGCAUUGGAUCAGUUUACUCUUAAUACUAUAUUAAUCUCUUCUCUAA